AUGCCCCACGCCAGGCUGUGCGGCUGCUGGGGUAGCCGGCUGCUGCCCCUGCUGCUGGCCUACAUCUGCUACCUGCUGCUUGGCGCCACUGUCUUCCAGCUGCUGGAGAAGCAGGCGGAGGCCCAGUCCAGGGACCAGUUCCAGUUUGAGAAGCUACGCUUCCUGGAGAACUACACGUGCCUGGACCAGCAGGCCCUGGAGCAGUUUGUGCAGGUCAUCAUGGAAGCCUGGGUAAAGGGCGUGAACCCCAAAGGCAACUCCACCAACCCCAGCAACUGGGACUUCGGCAGCAGUUUCUUCUUUGCGGGCACGGUUGUCACCACCAUAGGAUAUGGCAACCUGGCGCCCAGCACGGAGGCAGGCCAGGUCUUCUGUGUCUUCUAUGCCCUGGUGGGCAUCCCGCUCAACAUGGUCUUCCUCAACCACCUGGGCACAGGGCUGCAUGCCCACCUGGCCACCCUCGAGAGGUGGGAGGAACAGCCCAGGCGCUCCCAGCUGCUGCAGAUCCUGGGCCUGACUCUGUUCCUGACCCUGGGGACGCUGGUCAUUCUCAUCUUCCCGCCCAUGGUCUUCAGCCACGUGGAGGGCUGGAGCUUCGGCGAAGGCUUCUACUUCGCCUUCAUCACUCUCAGCACCAUUGGCUUCGGAGACUAUGUUGUUGGUACAGACCCCAGCAAGCAUUACAUCUCAGUGUACCGGAGCCUGGCGGCCAUCUGGAUCCUCCUGGGCCUGGCAUGGCUGGCGUUGAUCCUCCCACUGGGUCCCCUGCUUCUGCACAGGUGCUCCCAGCUCUGGCUGCUCAGCAGGGGACUCAGCCUCAAGGAAGGGAGAGCCCCCGAGAUGGAAGGAGUCUCCAGACCUCAGAAGACCCCCAUCUCUGCAUGA